UGUUUUUCAGGUUGACCUGAAGCAGCUUCCGAGAUGUCCCAGCAGCAACACACUCUGCCAGUGACCCUGCCCCCAGCCCUCAGCCAGGAGACCCUCAAGCCUGUUCCUCCUCCCGCUGACAUCCAGCAGGAGCAGGUGAAGCAGCCAACUCCACUGCCUGUCCCAUGCCAGGAGGUGCCCUCUGAGCUCCCAACGGAGGUCCCCUUGGAGCAAGGAGAGAAACACACAACUCCUGCGAAGGGGGUGCCGGAGCAAGACUGUGAGCCCCAGCCCCAGAAGCUACAGCAGCAGGAACAGCAUCGGGAACAGCAGCAGCAGGAGGAGCAACAGGAGCAGAAGGGGAAGCAGCAGCAAGAGGGACAGUGUGAGGACCAGGAAGCAGAAAACUUGGAGCAGCAGCUGGAGGAGACUAAAGCACGAAGGGAGCAACAGCUAAAGGAGCAGCUGGGACAGGAGAACAAGCUCCCGGACCAGCAACUGGAUGGAGAGCUAGCAAAGAGAGAUGAGCAACUGGAGAAGAAAGGAGAGCAGCUGCUGGAGCACCCCGGACAGCAGGAGAAGCAGCCAGAGCCAGCAGAGCAGCUGGAUGGGCAGCUCGAGCAACCUGCAUGUGUCCCAGCUCCUGGCCAGGCCCAAGAGACCCACCCAGUCCAGCCACUGAAGGGAGAAGUCUUGCCCCCUACAGAGGAGCAACAGCAGAAGCAGGAGGUGCAGUGGCCUCUCAAGCAUAAGUAACCACCCCCAGAUCCCAGAGGCCCUCAGGCCACCGCACAUAAGUGGAGAGCUGAACCAGUGGCCUCACUUACCUCAGGUCCCCCAGUCGGGAUGGCCCACCUCAUCUGUGAACCUGCCUGACCCUGUACCCCUGCUUGUCUCUGUGAUAGAGUGGGAUGGGGGAGGGGGCAGUUAUUGCCCAGAACCUACUCCUGAUGACUCCAGUCCCACCCCAUCCCAACCUCAGGUGGCCAGAGCCUCUGCCUGAGGACAGUUACUAUAGUCACUCUGACGCCAUCCCCAGUAUUAUAGCCGAAUCUGUGAGUGUGUACAAUGA